AUGCCGACGGGCGCGAACCGAUGGACGCCCAUCGCCCGGUUUCCUCUAACGAAGCGCAUGAACGACAGGUUCCCAACCGCUGGGAGGAAGAGAACAUGGGCCAAAUCCGAGAUUGUGAACGAGGAUCUUUGCGAUGACAUUCUCAAUCGCGUUUCACCCUACCUUAAUCGGAAAUCCCCAAUCGAUAUCCUCGACCUAUGGCCAGGAGUUGGCAUGUUUUCGUCCAAGGUUAAUGAUCUUCUAAAACCCCGACGCCAUGUCAUGAUCGAACCGCUCCUCGACACCUACGGCCCGUUUCUCAAGCCCCUCGUUGCAAACAAACCCGGCUACGACUUGAUAUCUCUGGACAUACAUGCGCACAGGGACUGGGAUAGUGUGAUCUCCAAGCAUCUUCCAGAACAGGGACCUUCGAGUGGAGAUACUUCCGGUACGAUGACCAAGAACGAUACGCUACUGGUCCUUGCCAGCCCGCCGCCGAAUACCUCGAAACGGAAUCACUACACGCCAUCGCGAUGGUGGUCGAUAUUCUUGGAGAUGUGCAUGCGACAGGCAGGAUUCCAUAAAUAUGGGUGUGUACGGUUGCUAGCUACACUACCGUCGGUAGAGGUUCAAAACAUCAUCCCUCGCAGCGUUGUGGAACGGAAACGGCCAGCGCUGUUGACAGAGAGUCUUGCGCUUCAUGCCUUUGAACUCGCCAGUCCUAUGGACUCUGGGUUUUGGACAAUGACCAAAGGAUGGGAUGUGAUGACCCAGAAUGCAGCACGGGUGUCUGAGAGGACUGCAGCGAACAAGAUCGAGAUUCCACCAGGAAGGGAGCCUCGCGCCUAUACUCUCGCCCCAGAAAGCCCUGAGACAGGAUGGAAGCCCGCUCCAUAUACGCCUCGAGUCAGGACAGAUAAACUUGAACAAUUGAUAAAACUAGUCGGACAAGUAUCGAAGACUUCUUCUGACAAGACUGCAAAGCAGAAACGCACACGGGCGCUUAUCCAAGUAAACCAGGAUAACCGCCAUGCGUAUAUCCGCGCGCAACUAAAGGAAAAGAGAAUUCAAAUCGACCAAUUGACCAAGUCGCUUUCGCAGGCGGCCGCAGAUCCGAAGACAACCUCGGAAUCAUUGAAGCAGUAUACGGGCCAGAUUGCGGUCCUUUUGUCCAAGAUCGAGGAGGAGGCAUCUGAAAACCAUUACGAUACUUUCACCCACUUGUCAGGACUCGUCGACGACCACCGCGCAUCUCUUCACAUGGGCAACUUUGACGAUGCACUUCUUCAUUGGGAUAGACGGCCAUUCGAGCCGCUCCAUAUCGACCAGGAGGAACUGUUCCCGCAAGAACUCGAUCGCACGGUGCUCUAUUUCGAGCCAGAUGCGAACUCCCCAGCCAUGCAACUCGUGAAACAAGUCGACACGUCGAAACGAUCCAACCUCUUCCAACUCUUCGAAUUCCUCACUCUCGCCUUCAACACCCGCGGCAGCAUGCCCAUCUCAGAACUCCUGACCCUGAUGUUCCCCACCAGACCUCUCCACGACCUCAUCCGCGCUAUCCCCAGCUUAGCCACGUACGCGGAAAAGAAACCCAAGCCAGAUUUCGACAGUAUCCCCAAGCCUCCCCCGUCGGAGGUUGAUCCCUCGACCACUUACCAGGAGAAUAUCGACUACGAUCUUAGCGAGGUGCGACUACGCAGCUUGCCCGUUCUCACAAUGUGGGAACUCACACUGGAGUAUAUGAACACGGCAACAGAUAAGUCGCCGGUGCAUCUGAAUCGGCUGCUGGGAGGGUCGCUGACAUCGUUCCGGACAGGCGAUUAUAGGGCUUCGUACAAGAGGCUUAACUAG